AGGCGGUAUUUCGAAUGGUACUCGCAUAGUAGGGGAAACAUGUUGGAGAGUUGCGUUAACACGUGAAUCAAGGAUCGAGUUCUCGUGUUUCAAGUAGUUACGAUUUCGAGACGUUUACUCGACUUCGCGAGUAUAAUGGAUACGUGUGUGAAGUACAGUAAUUAUUUUUCCAAUACGUUCGUGUAAAUCGCGUCAAGUUUUGCUAAUUGCUAUAAUUUUGAUAUGGACUCGUCGCUAAAUUAUCGUUCUUCUAUGUUCGCCGGGCAUGGACAAGCGCCGACCAUGGCGGUAAAUUCGAGUGCGCAAUUCCCACACACCGGUAAUUGGUUCGGUAGUUCUGGCUAUUAUCACAAUGCCCAUUCGUACUAUCAUCCUUCCCCGAUUCAGCAACACCAAAUGUUGUCAAUUAUGCAAGAAAACGCCGUCCAAAACGCCACCGAUCCCAAUUUGAUCCCUUGGUCGCAUAAUCAUCACCAGCAUCAAAAUUUCGAUUGGGUCCCGCAGUUGACCGGUUCACAGUGCCAAAUGUCCGAGUAUUCGGCCGAUGAUAGUGACAUCUCACCUAGUCCCACUUCAAAUAGGACCAUAUCGCCGUCGUAUAUGCAACCCAUUCGAGGUAAAAGCCCGUACGAAUGGAUGAAGAAAACUUCCUUUCAGUCUGAACCAAGUCCAGGCAAAACUAGAACUAAAGACAAGUACCGAGUGGUAUACACAGAUCAACAACGAGUAGAACUGGAAAAAGAAUUUCUUUUUAAUAAAUAUAUCACAAUUAGAAGAAAAACAGAAAUGGCAACAUAUCUAGGAUUAUCGGAAAGACAGGUGAAAAUAUGGUUUCAAAAUCGACGAGCCAAAGAUCGAAAACAAGCGAAGAAAAAACAAGAAUUACAAUUCAAAUCAGAACCAGUAAUUCAAGAUCAAUUUAUUACCAUAUAGUUGAAUUUUUCAAAUGUUUGUCAAUUUUUUUUACUGCGCGACUAACUGUUAUGUAUAGGUAGUUGUGUUUUUUAAAUUGUUUGUUGUUCCGUGAUUUUGUUUGUUGGAAUCGAGUAAGUAUUAUACUGUUUCACAAAGGCGAAUUAAAUUCUCGUUGAGAGAAACAGUUCUUAUAAAGUAUUAUGUACCUACACCUACUCAUUAAGCAUUAUGCUCUUAUUGCAUUAAUACUCAGCGGUGAGCUCAGCUGUUUUGGCCUUUAGGAUAUCUCUUUUUUUAAAACUCUAUACUGUUGUUCUUACCCUGUUCUCGCACACACACAUUCAUCUUUUAACAUUUUUUUGUUACUGUAAAAGAAGUUUUAGCAUAAAUUUUGAGAAAGAGCGCUUUUAUGUUCAAUUGUUGAGCUUAUGACCGAGAUACAUUGGUCUUUUGAAUGAAAAUUUUUAAUUUUUGGUUUUGUACACACAAGCAUUGCAUUUCUCAGUUAUUUCAUAUCGGUUUUCAACUUCCAAAUAAUGAAAUUACUUCUUAUGAGGCAUUGGCAUUCACCGCUGCGUAUAAUAUUUUUCAUACCAUAUUACUCGUGUUAAUGAAACUUUUUUGUAUAUUUAGUUUGUUUUUUUUUGUUUGUAAGUAUCAAUCUUGAGUGUUAUAAUUAGGAAUUAGGUUCCUGUAUUAUCAAUGACCAUCUUAUUGAAGUAUAUAGAACGCAAAUAACUUUUGCUUGAGAAGCUCAUUCAUUUGAAAUCAAAAUAGUUAUUUUGCUUCUAAAAUGUACAUUUUGUAACAAUGUGUAAAAAUGAACAUACAAAUAUGAGUAAAUUACUGUGUAUAGGCUAACUACGUAUGUAGUAAUUAGUGAAGUACAAAAUACAACUGCAUUAAAAUAAUUAAAUAUUAUAUUUUGAUGCCAGAUCAGAAUAAUUUCAUCGUGUUGGUAAAAUCCAAACGUUGUUAUCCAGUUUUUUCCCUUUUUUAUUGGAAGCCGAGUUUUUGAUUAUUUUAAUUUUUUUCCACUGUUUCAUUAUUACUUCAAGCAUAAUGACCGUAAUGUCUUACGUAUAAUUUCACCGCGCAAAAAGUUAUGUGACCUCCUUACGUAAAAUAUUUGAAAAUGUACAGUUGUUUUUGUACUGCAGAUUUACCAAAUGAUCGUCAAGCUUUAUAAUUAUAGGUGAAUAAGUAUUACGUUUUCAAAACAUGUAAAAAUUAAUAAUAAAAAUAAGUAAAUUAUUUUUACUGAUUUUUUUGUGAGUUUUGAGAUUAAGACGAAUUGUGAAUUAGUGUAAAACAUUAAUGCGAUAAUAAAUUUUAUUAGUUUCAAGUU